UAUCGCUUUAAAGCGAACGAUUUAUGCUUCAUCAAUAUUCUAUCGAAGAGAAUAAAGUAUGGAUGUGACGAAGAAUAAAUACCGGUACAUAGCCGGUCUUGGCACUUUGUCAGAAGAGGAUGGUGACGUGUACAGUCCGAAAAAUAGCUGGAUAUGCUCACCUACCCCUUGCCUUGACUCUAAAGUUAAAUUUAGAACAAUCUCUAGUAUAGUGUAAAGAGCAUAGUUGCAUUGUACCCACUUACCAUAUAUAAAUAGUUUACUGUGUUUGGUUGUCCUUGGAUAGAGCUUCCAUAACUUCUUAACAAGCAAACAGUUGGGAUUUUCAUCAGUUUCUAUAAAUAUUUUAUACCAACUCUUUUGUAACAGUACAAAACAAUAAAUGAUUAUACGAAAUAAUUGUAAACAGUAAUUGAAAAUAUAUUUCGAAAUUUGUACUAAAAAUAAAGAGACCAGUGACGAAAUAUAAGAUGUUGUUGUCAUUACUGACUCUAAUCAAUAUACAAAGAUUUUAACAUUUGAGACUAAUCAUACCAAUCUAAAUUUAUAUUUUCAUUCAUUUCUAUUUUGAGAAUUGUCCUCGGAAUUAUAUAACAAUGGAAAAUACGACAACUUAUUACAUACGAACAGCGCAUUGCGGAUUUAAACUUAUGAAUGCACCAAGAGUUACAACAGCAAUAUUGACAGCUCUUAUUGUUGUUGAAAACAGUUUGCUUCUGAUAGCUAUCGCAACACACUGGAAAAAAUUUCACUCAAAUCUAUACAGAUUUGUUGCUUCACUUGUGUGUGCAGACCUGUUCUUUGGCUUGUCAAAUUUUGCCGUUGCGAUAAUGCAAACUACAAAUGCCGGACUAGAUAUUGUUUCAAUGUUAAAAGCUGUUUCCUACGCAUCAUUUCUCGUGUGCAUAUUGAGCAUGACACUUCUAAAUAUUUCUGUCAAGUCAACGUAUAUAAGAUCAUGUGAGAUUAUGGUUCAAGCAUAUCCUGACCGAUCUUGGACGAAAAAUCUUACUUCCAUUUCAAAUGUUUUCAGAAAAACCCAUCAUGUUAAACGAAUGAUUAUCAGUAUUUGGUUACUUCUUCCUAUUUUUACUUUGGUUGGUGUUAUGACAAGAUGCACAGAAGAAGAGCAUGAUUGCAUGGAAGGUUGUUCGACUAUGGUGAUUGAUUCAAGUGGAGAAGAGCAAAGAUUAUGCAAAAUUACUCCACAUUGCUCGGGUUUUAUGGCUCCAUUAUCGUUUCCUUUUCUCCUGCUUACGAACGCAACAUCUUGGUGUGCACUUGGAAUUUUGGUGGCUAGUACUGUUUAUGUUGUAUUUUUUAAAGUGAUUAUUACGCCAAAACCAUCAAUUGAUCAUGAAAAGCCACUUCCUGGCAUCGAAGUUACGACAACGGAUGGAUAUAAAGAGAGAAUUUCAGGACAGAAUUCUCUUGCGUUUGAACAUACUUUAAAAUAUGAAGAAAGUGAAAAUAUUACGUGGGCUGAAUCUUCAUUAGUUGCCAGACAACAAUUUGGGUUCAACAACGAUUUUAUUUCAAAAUUCUCUCUUGCUGUUACCAUUCUUCAGUUUACAUUUUGGUCUGCACUCACUACGUUUACGCUUCGAGCAUUUUCUACACAAAAGCAGCUUUUGUCAUACCUCAACGUGCAGAUUUACUCCAAUAUUUUUACACUUCCAAGUCUUGCUAAUCCUUGGAUAUGCUUCUUUACAAUGACCAAAUUAAAAGAUGCAGUCAUAGCAACUUUUUUUAAACACAGAUGCCGAUUCAGGAAGAGACGCGUCACCAGUACAAUGGCAAUUCAAAUCAAUUCAUCCAACACAUAACGUGAAUGUUGUUAUAAUGAGCACUCAUUGAAGAAAAAUAAAAUUGGCUUGCAACUCAAAAUUAAGUAAAUGUCAUAUGUUUUGAUAUCGUCUUUUUGCAUUAUUUUAUUAUUUUGUA